GAAUAUUAUGUUGUUGUUAUCGUUGUUAUUUCAACUUUAUUGUGCUUGAAUGAUUUCGGUAUAUGUAUCAGAAGAUUAACUCGGCUUUUGGUUUUUGGCUGAGCGGUACGUUUAGUUUUAUGCAUAUGUUUGUCAAGGCAUAACUGAAAAUGUUGAGCCUCUCUUUGUGUGCAUUCCUCUCCUGUGUAAAAUUGCCUGCCAGUUUGCCCAAUGUCUUCCUGUUGAAUGCGAAUCUAGUUUUCGACGUCAUUUUUUCCAUACAUGAUCGCUGAGCUGAUAGGCUUAGGCUUAGUUUGUCGAGUUGUACACCGAUAUAUAUGCUCUUGUUCAUGCACAUCACAUACCUGUGUAUGUAUAUGUAGGCAUCAUUUGUCGAGUGCUUAGUCGAGUAGAAACAAAAAAAAUGUUUUUUCUGCUCUUGCUUUUUUUUUUUUGUCUUUAUUCAGUCAAGUCGUACUCUGUGCAUCAGUGUUUUUGCGUUAUGGUGAUGCAGUGAAAUCCAGUUGUGUUUCGAGAGUUGCUGGAAAACAACGUAAAGGAAAAUCGCUGUUUUCUUUUAGUUUUGGAUUUUCUCAGGCGAUAGCUCGCACAUAAAUAGAAACCCACACACGUACAAAUUUACGGGUUGCGUGUUGCGCGACUUUUAAUUAAAUAUCGCAAAUGAAUGUUCAGUUGAGUAUGUGUGUGUAUAUAUAAGCAUGAAAGGCAAUGGAAAUCCUAAUGAAAGUUAAAUGCCCGUCGUCCUCUACAAGCGGCGAUUCUGGACAUUCCACUUUAAAGAUUGUCGAUCAUCACCAUCAAUUGCAUCAACAGUAUAACUCGUCGAGCUCUGCUAAUGUGAAAACUGCUCAUCCAAUUCAGCAAAAUUUAAUGCCUUCAGCUUCAACUUUUAUAUCAGGCAAUAACAACUCUGAUUAUUCUCUCGCAUCAUCGUGUAGUGACUGCUCUCUCGGUUAUUGUUGUAACAUGUCUUCGUGUUGUGUUACUUCACCUCCUCCUCCAUUACGCACCCAAAUACCGCCGGGACCACCUCUGGCACCGCCUACAUCACUUCUUCCUCCACUUCAUCACUUUCCUACGGAAGAAAAUGCCUCGUAUGAGUACGAAGAGCCUGAAGAGAAUUUUGUAUCAAUUGAUGAUGUUAAAAUAAAAAACUUUCUUUUAAAGAUUGGUCAGAAAAAGCAACAACUACAACAAGAAAGCCAUUUACAAAGUGCUCCACGACCUAUAAAAGAACCAAGAAUAACCAAGAUAUUCUCGACAACGGGUGAUGGCGUUACGCCAGCGCGACCUGUUGUUUAUGAGAUAAUCGAGCUGGACGAUGAAGAGGAAAGGGAAAGACUAAAACGUAUAAAACAGCAAGCAGAAAAAUGGCAAGCGAAUCGCCGAACCCCUUCGCAUUCAGAUAUAAGCUUAGCAGUACGACAAACCAAAUCCUUGGAUAUUAGUUUAAUUCCAAAAUAUCCAGAGAGUGUAGCAAACGUCACGUCUAUGAAAGUGAAAUCAAAAAAUACGAAAACUGACACGUCUAAGCAGAAAAUCGUCGCUGAAAUAGACUUACUUGACAGUAGCAGUAAUUCAACCAACAACGAUGUUUAUAACGACGAUGAUGACUCUCUUCCUCUGGUUGCCUCUGCUGUUAGUUGCGAACUUCAGUGCGACGACGACGAUGAUAGCAGCGACAACGAGAGACUACAAAGUAGAAUUUACGCCAACAAAGCGAGGACCUUGGACCGUAAAAAGAGUCCGGAUGAAGUUGUCGUUUUAGGUUCGGAUGACGAAACUAACGAUCAGGAACAAGAUAACCAUUUACUUGUGCGCUGGAGUGACUACAGCGAUCAAAGAGAACGAGUGUUUUUCGAAUGUUUUUUGUGCGGCAAAAAAGUUCAAUCCAGUUAUAACUUGCGACGUCAUAUGAUGAUUCACACUGGCGAACGUCCAUUUAGCUGCGAUUUAUGUGAUCGUAAGUUUCGUGAAUUCAGCGACCUGAAGAAACAUCGACGCCGACAUGCUAAUGAAGCUAAUUUUGUGUGCAUGGUAUGUCAUGAGUACCCACCAAUCGAAAAUGAUCCCACGCGAUGCAUUAAUUGUUGUACACAAUCAAAGAAUGCGGUAAUAAUGGCUGCUAUGAGAUCGCGCGAUUCAAGCUCUCCACCUGAAAAACCAUCACAAAACUCAAACAAUACCAGAUUAACAACGUCAGCAGCAAUUAAAACAUCGCCGAGUCGAAACUUUACACCCAAUUCAACUGUAAGUAGUUGCACACCAUCACCAGCCUUAACGCAAUCGCCGAACAUGAUUGAUAGUCAGGCAAACACAAAUCCUCAAAACGGUACUGUGCAGGAAGCUCAACAUCUAUUAGAUAAUAUACCGGCUGUUCAUCGGCCAGGUUACAAUCAAUUGGGCAUGAUAACGCGUAAAGAAUUUCCUUGUCCGUUGUGUCAUCGGGCUUUCGGUUCACGUCACAAUUUGAAACGUCACUACAUGAUACACACAGGGGAGAAACCAUUUAGUUGCAGCCAAUGUCGUAAACCAUUUCGGGAAUAUUCCACACUUAAGAAACAUAUGGUUACGCAUCAACGGGAUCGUUGGUAUAAGUGUUCACGUUGCCCUCAAAAAUUUCGCGAUUUCUUGCAAUAUACCGAACACCGGAAUUCGCAUCCUAUCGAAAUCGACGAUAAUGAUAACGAAACGCCAUUCGUAUCGAACGAAGUGAGUCCUUGCAAAAAAUCAAGAAUUAUGCGCGAUGAUUCCAACGACGAUGAUUCCUCAUCUGACGAGUGGCUGGAAUGUUGUGAAUGCGGACAACGUUUCACCGAAAUCGAUAAUUACAAUGAACAUUUGAAACAACAUGACUCGAAAGCGCAAUUAUACGAAUGUUAUAUCUGCAAACAACAUUGUAAAAAUCGCGAUGAUCUGGAUGCACAUUUGGACGGACAUGAAGAAGACACCAGUUAAAAGUGAGGGAAUGUAAAAGAGAAAAUAUAUUUUCUUUACUUGGUACUUAAGCAGCAGAUAAGAAAUUUUUAUAAAUCUGAAAAUAGGUACAAAUACGUUGUGGCCUCCCCAAGACGAUGAAAUUGUAAACUAUCUACUAUGAUAUUUAUCCAGACUGUUUUUUUUAGUAUUCUUUCUCCUUGAAUUCGUCGUUUAAAAAGUAGUAUAGCAUACCACCAAGUCGUUAGAGAAAAAAACAUUAUAAGUAGCCUUCGGAAAAGCAAUUGUGUUCACUGGAUAUGCUCGUCGGCAUUUGAAGUUUUUUUCUUUUUUUUUUUACUUUAUUUCAUUUCAAUUAACAUAUGCUGAAAGCAUGUCUUGAAAAAUCAGUUGAAAUUCCAAUCGACCUAAUUGUCCUGCUGUGGAAUUUCUAAUCUUGAUGCAAUGUUUUUGUUAAACCAUGUUCAAUGGCAAAUCUAGUACCGUAUCAUCCUUGGCUUAGUUGAUGAAGAAGUAAAAAAGCAUAACAGGAAUUGUGAACGAAAAUAUGUGCAAGGAAUCAAGAAAUGGGAGUCACUCUUUUACAUACUAUUCAGAAGUAGUAUGUGGAAAUGCAUGCAAUGGUUAAAUAGCUCCCUUAAGUAGAAGCGCUGCAAAUUUAUCUAUUGAAAGUCUGAAACAUUUUACCAAAGCUCGCUCUCAGCUUUCUCUUCAAGAUCAUAUCGCAAUUGAUUAAACAAGUGACCUAGUACUUAGAUAAACGAUUGGAAAUAUCAGCUUUCCGAUUAAGGUCUAUAAAUGAAGCCAUCUCUAUUUUUAUUAAAACUCCCUCCCCCCGCUCUUUUUUUCCGUUGACUUUUUCACGGACAUUUUUAAAAAUGCUACAGCUCUGCCGAAAAACAGUAAAAGUUUGAGAACUAUUCUGAAUCAUUUAGAAUUGGUUUGUGUGUAAAAUUUUGUUUCUCAGAGAUCAUGGCUUACCGAGGGACGAACUAUGCUCGCUUUUCCUUCCAUUUAUAAUACAUAGAAGUAUAAAUUUUUUUAAUCCCACAAUGCAUAUGUAUUUCGGAUUAGAGUAGUAUCCAGAGUCAACUUCGCCAGAGCGCUUUCUCGAUCUGAAUUUGACUGCGCACAGCCUUAAGAUGAAAAAUUAAAAUAGAAAAGUGGAAUCUGGAAAAUUAACGUGAUUGAUCUAUAUAGAAAUUAAUAGCAUGUAUAUUUAUCAGCAAUUUGAAGAAGAAGAAUUAUCCGGGACUUCAACGAAAAGACGAGCAUGACUGAUCAACGUCAUAAUGGGAAGAAAACGACAAGUUAAAUGCCUUUAAGCGAUACCGCCAGCUAGAAAUCGAGUGCCAUUUCAGUGCAAAUUGGCGAACUGAUGCGCCCAAAAUGCAAAUGAAUAUCUCGCUAAGCUGUAAGCGGUCGUUUCAAAAAAUCAAUCCUAAGCAAAUUUCAUUCGAUCAUUUAUUUUUCUACCAAAUCGUUAACCUUAAUAGGUAACCUUUGAUAAUCGUCGAAUUUUCUCGAACUCAUUUUUCAUUGAAAUAGACCUCAUUUAUUUUUUAAAACCACUUUGCUGAGCGUAUUUUUUUUUUUUUUUUAUUUAUUUUUAAUUGUAGUCUUUGAAUCGGAAAUGAUUUAUUUUUUUACAAUUUUGAAUUUCAUGACAACAUUAUGGAAAUGAAUAGAUUACGGAUGUUUAAGAUAACUGUUUUAAGGAAGAAUGCAGUUAUAUUUAUAUAUUGAACUUUUUUUUUUUUUUUUAAAUAGUUUUAUAAAAAUCGUCUAAAAUAUAAGAAAAAUUUUAGAAGGGAUAUACAAGUUUUUUUUUUUUUUUUUGUUUUUUUUUUCUAAUUCAUUUUCGAAAUGAGAAGAAAGCUUUUUAUUCUUUGCAUACAUUAGCCAUAAUAAAAAUGGUUAAAUAUUAUAAUACUUAGAUAAAUGAAUUGAAUUUUUUUUUUUUUUAAGUUUAUAUUGAAAAAUUGAAUUGAAAGUUAUGCUAAGAGAAAAUAUCAGAAUGGAAGACUACAAUGCAUUGUACGUGUCUCUUCUUUGUUUUUUUACAUUCCUUCCCACACACGAAUCGAAUACAAGCAUUCCCGAAAUGUUGCAUUUUUUUUUUUUGUAAGUAAUAAAGUAUUAUAUGAGAUUAUGACUUAAAUUUUCUUUUUGUUUUGUUUUUUUUUUUUCAUAUUUUUCUUUCUUCAUUAAAUAAUUUAUAUAUUUAGGUGUUAAACGUUAAGAAAGAAUAUCCUUCCUUGUUAAUUAUAGUGCAAUUGUAUGUGAAAAGCAAAGAAAAAUAUAUUAAAA